AUGGAGUUAUCCCGAGCUGAGAGUUCAUUACGGACGCUCAAGAACCGUCCAAAGGUUCCACAAGGCGCCGUAUCGACUGCUCUUGCUAUUCUACAGCUUAUUAGUCCUUCCGAGUCUCUAUCUACAGACACUCCUAUAAUCAAUGAAGAAACGCGACGCGAUUUGCUUCAACAGGAACUGCAGACGCUGUUGUUAUACGGUAAAGAACGCUGGGAACCUCUCGCUGUGUUCCUCGUAGUAGCUCGUGAUCUGCUGAGUCGUUACCUAAAAUUACCGGAUCUGGACGCCGAUACGGACUUUUGUCUACCUGAACAAGAGCUUCCACUCUAUGUGACGAGUAUUGCGCCACUAUCCGAUGCCUUUUUGACACAGACAGUCAAGCAAGCUAUACAUCAGCAUCUUGAGUAUUACGAGCCUAGAGUUCGCAUGGCAGUGGCCAAAUUACUGGGUGUCUUGGCCAAGUGGAAUCUCGUGUGGGUUACACAAGCGUUCACGCCGCAGAUCGUCGAUUCAGUCGUAGCCAACCUCAGUCGUUCGCCCGACUUUGAAGAGACGGGUUUUGAUGAACUAGACGAUAAUAUCAGCAAUAAUGGUAUGAUGACACCACCACAGAGUCCUGAAGGAACACCACGUACGCCCUCGACACCCUAUAGACUGGAUGAUGUGAGUGGCUGGAAGGCACUUGAGAGCUCGCUGUGUGCACUCAAGUACAUUAUCAAAGGCAGCGGAGAUGCAUUUCUACAGCAAGUGCCGAUGGCAGAAGGAAACGGCAAGGUAUUCCUUUACUUGACGCCGCAGAUUCUAGAGCUCGUGGCAACAAAAAGCUGCUUCCAUAUCAAUCGCCAUGUAAGAGUUGUGGGACUCGACACGAUCACGGUGCUGGCAGAUAUUGCGCCUGCGGGUUUUUUCGACACGCAUCACUCAGCUGUGGGUGACAUCUUGAACAAGUGCAUCAAACGCGGCAUGGAGGACAAUUGGUGUCAAGUCCGCUAUGCUGCGUCGAUCGCGGCACGCUCUUUUUUAAUGAAGUUGCAGGAGCAGGGUCGUAUGACGUAUCUGCCAAUCUUGCUGCCUAGAAUGUGCCUAAAUCGAUACUACGUCGCGGAGCGUGUGCAAAAGUACUCUCAAGAGUCGUGGAAAAUGAUCGUGGGCAACCAAGGCCGCGAAUUAGUGGCCAGAUACGCUACCGAGAUUGUGGAUUACUACGUGGAGAUGACGAACCACUGUGUUCGCGAAUCGGCUUGUCAGUGUAUUGCUGAGCUUGGCACAAAAGUUGACCCGACGGCGAUUCGUCCGCACGUCGGCCGUCUUAUGCAGGCUCUUCUCAUCUGCUUCUACGAUGUGUCAAAUCUGGUGCGAGAUGCUGCAUGCCUGGCGUCGGCGCAACUAGUGCUUGGUUUUCCCGAGGAGUGCCGUCCAUUUCUGAAUGAUCUAUAUCAUUUAUGGAUUGACCACCUCUCGGAUGACAUUUGGUCCGUGCGUGAAGACGCCGCCAUUGCUCUGGGUAAUGUGAUCCGCGCAUAUGGCCAUGAAGCACUGGACCGCGUGAUCAAAGUCACGGAAGAGUACUUGCCGCUUGCGAAGAUGCAGCCAGCGAUGACGCAACAAGCAUACGAUGAUCUGAUGCGUUCUGAGAAGAAGCACCUUAGCAAGCAAGCCUUCUCUUGCUGUUCUCUGGAGCCUAAACUAUUCGAACGUCAUGAGCACCGCGACAAGGAGCCGUGGGAGCAUGCCGACGGUGCCAUUUACAUGGUGCGAGAGCUCUGCAAUGUGGAUCCUGACGUUGCUGUGAAAUUUCUUCCACAGAUUGCAGACAUUGCGAUCCUUCGCCACUUUCCACAGACGGCCGUCUUGCAGGAAACAAUUUGGAAACAGGUGCCGGCCAUGUGCGAGGCGCUCGGCAAGAAGGUGUUUAAACGCUACCUUGAGCUCUUCUUUGACCCUUUGGUCUUUACGCUCCAGGGAACGAACCAUCUUGCAAAGUUCGCUGCCCGUGACUGUGUCGCACAGAUCAGCAAGCAGAUCGGACCUAGCAUUUUUCUAGGCCGCCUUGAUGCGAACCCAGCCUGGAAGGAGGUUUUGGGUCCUAUCGUGCCGGUGCAGCCGUACAUGGUGAAGUGA